UGUAGUAGUACGAGUUUUCCAUUUUGAUCCCUACCUAACCUAACGAAACUUGUAAAUUAUUUCAAUUUUAAAUCUCAGGUUUUUAUUUAUUUUAAAAAAUAUUUGGACUACAUAAUGGAAUCCGUUACACACAUUGUGCUGCUAUUCUGCAUUAUUAGUUCAUCAAUAGUAAAUUCCAAUCAAGUUGAAACCAUUUCACCACCAAUUUUGCUAAGUCAAUACAACGUUCGUCACGAUGCCGUCACGCUGUCAGGAUUUUCAUCCGGAUCUUCAAUGGCAACGCAGUUGCAUGUCUCCCACUCUGCACUUUUUCAUGGCGUAGCGUUGUUUUCGCAAGCAUUUUACCGAUGCGGUCCCCACUCUCUGGUGGAGUUUGGUCUUCGUUGCAGUAAACUUGGGAUGGGUGUGUUUCCCUAUGAUUUCAGACUCUCGAUAGGAGAUGCUCGAAGGUACGAAUGGAUGAGACUGAUUGAUCCCCUCGUAAAUUUGAGGGGUCAACGAAUCUUUGUAUGGAUUGGAGAGUUGGAUGAAUACGUGCCACUGGAGAUGGCGAUGGAGAAUGCCAAAUUUUAUGAGACGUUCACAUCCAACAAGAGUUUAAUAAGGACCACAGUUUUUCAUGCAAAGCAUUUGUUGCCAACGACAAACUUUGGUGAUGCUUGUGACCAAGAUGCCGGCCAAAAUGUGUAUCUUGGAAAUUGCAAUUAUUCCGGAGCCCACGCCGCCUUAGAAUUCUUACUUCGAGACAAAGCAAACAUAAUAAAUCCGUUUAUUUCUACACAAAUGCAAAAUAUUCCACAAGAAGAAGGUUCAUUGAUGGCGUACGAUCAGUCAGAAUUUUACAGUGGGAGGAACAUUACAGACGAAGCGAUGGGAACUUUGGGCUUUAUUUAUGUACCAAAAAUGUGCCAACCACAAUUUAAUAUUGCCGACGAACCGUGCUUUCUCCACGUCAAUUUUCACGGAUGCAACGAAUGGCACCCACAAGUCGCAUUACGUUAUAUUAGAAAUAGCGGAUUUUUACUAGUAGCAGAUGCAAACAGAAUUCUUACCGUGUUCCCUCUUACUACCAGGGUUCCGCAAAAUAUGGAUGGAUGCUGGGACUUUUUUUCAUAUACGGGGUCAUUGUUUGCUACGAAAAAGGGGAAACAAAUCAAAAUAGUUAAAGCAAUAAUUGACCGGAUUUUAGGAAAACUGAAAUAAAGAACUAUUUUUUAAGUUCAAUUACAGAA